AUGAUCAUGAUAUUCAGACUUAUAUUCUUAUUAACAAUGAUUUGUGGAUUGGUACAAAGUCUCGGAUUUUACUUAGAUCCAAUAAAACAAAGAGAAAUUAAAAACCCAAAAGAUCUUGAAAAGGCAUAUACAUGUUUUAGAUAUGAAUUAGAAAAUGAAAUCACUAUAAUUGAAAUCCUGAAUGGUGGUGAAAUAACAAAUCAAAAAUUAAAUUUAUUAGUUAAAGAUCAAAAUGGUAAUAUCUUGAGAAAGAAAGAUGUGAAUCUGAAUACCAAAAUGGUUCUUAAGCCUGAUUCCAAUAGUAUAGUGGAUAUCUGUUCUAUCAAUAUAGUUAGUGAUGCAUCAUGGUCAAAUAAAGGUAUUGCAAGAGAAAUGAGUUUAACUGUUGAUGUAUUAAAUUCAAAUCCAAAGAUAAAUUUCAAAGAAAAGAAAGAUUUAGAUCAGAAAUUAUCAAAUAUAAAUCAAAUCAUGGUAGAAGAUGUUGAAAGAUCUUUAAUUAAGUUUGAAAAAGAUAUGAAACAUUUGAUUAAAAGAGAACAUCAAUUAAGAGAUUUAAAUGAAUUAAUUUUUGCGAAAACUUUAUACGUGGUGUUGGCUGGAACAAUCAUUUUCGCAAUUUCACAAUUGGUAAUUUUUUUAAAUUUACGCAGAUUUGCAAAUUUAUUUUGGUGA